AUGAAGGACGGCCCACUUGAAGGUGAUGAUGCUCGGUUGGCGGCUAUGGGCCAUCGGCCGGAGCUCCAGCGAAGCCAUUCUACUUGGUCUAUGUUAGGAUUGGCAUUUGCAUCAUGGACCGCCUUGUCGGCUAGCCUGUCGAUCAGUUUAACAUCCGGCGGCAGUACCAGCGUGAUAUGGGGACUUGUGACUGCGGGAUUCUGCAAUCUUUGUAUUGCAUGCUCGCUCGCGGAGUUUCUUUCCGCAUACCCUACAGCCGGUGGACAGUAUCAUUGGGUUGCAGCCAUCGCUUGGCCUAGAACCGUUCCUAUUCUAUCAUGGAUCACCGGUUGGAUCAAUGUGGCGGGCUGGGUCGCCCUUGUAGCGACCAAUUCGCUCCUAUCAAGCCAGCUGAUCGUCGGAGUCAUAUCCGUUCUUCACGAGAGUUAUGUGCCGCAAAGGUGGCAUCAGUUUCUCAUCUACAUCGGGCUAACUUUGGGCUCAUUCAUCAUAAAUGCAUUUAUGAACUCUAUUCUACCGAUCAUUUACCGUGGCGCUUUUAUGUGGUCCAUUGGUGGCUUUGUGGUUGUUUCGAUUACAGUACUAGCAUGCGCCUCGCCAAACUACAAUUCAGCAUAUUUUGUGUUCUGCAAUUUUAUCAACACAACAGGAUGGCCUGAUGGAGUUGCGUGGCUUCUGGGUCUGCUUCAAGGUGGACUCGGCGUGACAGCCUUUGUACCAAACGCCGAUGUCGAAGGCCCGAAAAUCAUGGUUUCUUGCGUAGGAAUCGGAACAGUUACCGGAUCUAUCUUUCUGAUUGUCCUGCUUUUCGUGGCAGGAAAUAUGGAAAAGGUUGCAACGUCAGCUGCCGGCCCUCUGUUACAAAUUCUCAUCGACGCCACCCAAAGCAACGCUGGGGCUAUAUGUCUUUUGAUGUUGCCCCUAGUCUGUUUGGUAUUCGCAAUCAUAAGUGUGAUGACGACAAGCAGUCGAAUGAUCUUUGCUUUCGCCAGGUAUAUCUUCCACAACCAGACUGGCGAGCAUCAACUGAUUCUUUUAUACAGAGAUGGAGGUCUCCCUGCCUCGCGUUUCUUCGCAGCAGUCCAUCCGACUUUGAAGAUUCCGCUCAAUGCUUUGAUUCUCAGUGUUGUCGUGGUGAUUGCAUUUGGAUGUAUCUUCCUUGGUUCAUCAAGUGCAUUCAACGCAAUUAUAUCUGCCUCAGUUGUAGCGCUUGAUCUAUCUUAUGGAAUUCCCAUUGCCAUCAAUUGCCUGCAGGGCCGCAAUUCACUACCAGAAAGAAAGUGGAAAUUACCCAACGCUGUUGGAUGGUUCGCUGAUAUGGUUGCAUUAUCAUACAUUAUCUUGACCACUGUGCUGUUUGUUUUCCCUCCAUCCCGCACAGUCACAGGAAGUAGUAUGAACUACUGCAUCGCUGCAUUUGCCGUUAUUAUCAUCAUUUCCGUCUUCCAGUGGAUAGUGGACGGAAGGAAGAAUUUCACAGGACCUCGUAUUGAUAUGACUAUUGAUGCGCUAGACAUCAUGCCCACUCGCCAGGAACUCGAGUCCGACAUGCAUGAGAAGUAAUGA